UGCCCGGAGGGUCCACAUCGGUUGGGCCGGGCGCGCUCCCGUGCAGCCGGCUCCGGCCCCGACCGCCCCACGCGUUCUCCCUCCAGUCCCCGGCGCAGGCGCAGGCGCAGGCGCAGGCACACGCGGUGCCGCCGCCGCCGCCGCCGCCCGCCGGACCUUCCCUUCGGCGGAGGUGGGGGAAGGAGGAGUCAUCCAGUUUAACCCUGGGCUCCCCGAACUCUCUUUAAUUUGCUAAAUUUGCAGCUUGCUAAUUCUUCCUCCUUUCUCUUUCCUUCCUUCUUCUGGCUCACUCUCUGCCCCGAUAGCAAAGUCUGGUUUAUAGUCAAUGCAAAUUGGAGCGAACCCUACCCUUCACCUCUCUCCCGCCACCCCCCAUCCUUCUACAUCGCUUUCCAUCGAACUCUGCAAAUUUUGCAAUAGGGGGAGGGAUUUUUAAAAUUGCCUUUGCAAAGUUCGGCUGUCUGGGUUGGCGAGUGGGGGAGGGAGGGAAUGGGGAGUAGGCCCCGCCCCCACCGUCCUUUGCAAAUAAAAAUCUGGGGGGGGGAGGAGGAGCAGGAAGUGGCGGUGCGAGGGCUGCUGCACAGUGAGCAGAACCGCGGUCUGGACGGCAGCGUGUUCCCCGAGCUCUCCGCUUCUCCCCGCCAGCCAGCCGAGGCAGCUCGAACCCAGCCCGCAGUCCCAGAAGCAGCGCAGAGAGCAGCCCUAGUAGCAGCGCCAUGGCCGGGUGGAACGCCUACAUCGACAACCUCAUGGCGGACGGGACCUGUCAGGACGCGGCCAUCGUGGGCUACAAGGACUCGCCCUCCGUCUGGGCCGCCGUCCCUGGAAAAACCUUCGUCAACAUCACGCCAGCUGAGGUUGGUGUCCUGGUUGGCAAAGACCGGUCAAGUUUUUACGUGAAUGGGCUGACACUUGGGGGCCAGAAAUGUUCGGUUAUCCGGGACUCACUGCUGCAGGAUGGGGAAUUUAGCAUGGAUCUUCGUACCAAGAGCACCGGUGGAGCCCCCACCUUCAAUGUCACUGUCACCAAGACUGACAAGACGCUAGUCCUGCUGAUGGGCAAAGAAGGUGUCCACGGUGGUUUGAUCAACAAGAAAUGUUAUGAAAUGGCCUCCCACCUUCGGCGUGCCCAGUACUGACCUCGUCUGUCCCUUCCCUUUCACUGCUCCCCACAGCUUUGCACCCUUUUUUUCCCCAUACACACAUACAACAUUUUAUUUUUGGGGCCAUUACCCCACACCCCUUAUUGCUGCCAAAACCACAUGGGCUGGGGGCCAGGGCUGGAUGGACAGACACCUCCCCCUACCCAUACCCCUCCUGUGUGUGGUUGGAAAACUUUGUUUUUUGGGGUUUUUUGUUUUUUUGUUUUUUUUUUUUUUUUUUUCUGAAUAAAAAAGAUUCUACUAACAA